CCUUCCCCCCCGAGGAGGCGCCGGGCGGCCAUAUUGCCGAGCUGUCUGCGGCGGCGGCGGUGGCGGCGCGUCUCCUCUCCGGCGGCUCAGGGCUCGCACCGCCGCCUCUCCGUUCGCUCGCUGCCAGCCGCGACGCCCCCGCCGAGCCGCGCCUCAGCCAGCCGACGGCGGGCAGGGAAGGAGCCGCUCAUUUUCGGGGCGAUAAUAGUUUAUAGAAGUGAAGAGUUCCUAAAGAAGGUAACAAACAAGAGAAGGAAAAUGCCGAAACCAAUCAAUGUACGAGUAACUACAAUGGAUGCUGAACUAGAAUUUGCCAUUCAGCCCAAUACAACUGGCAAACAACUUUUUGACCAGGUUGUAAAAACAGUUGGUUUACGUGAGGUCUGGUUUUUCGGGCUGCAGUAUGUAGACAGCAAAGGAUAUUCUACGUGGCUUAAACUGAAUAAAAAGGUGACACAGCAAGAUGUUAAAAAAGAAAAUCCUUUACAGUUCAAGUUUAGAGCUAAAUUCUUUCCUGAAGAUGUGUCUGAGGAAUUGAUUCAAGAAAUAACACAGAGACUUUUCUUCUUGCAAGUUAAAGAAGCCAUCUUAAAUGAUGAGAUAUAUUGCCCACCAGAAACUGCAGUUCUUUUGGCUUCGUAUGCUGUCCAAGCCAAGUAUGGAGAUUAUAAUAAAGAGAUUCACAAACCAGGAUACCUGGCUAAUGACAGACUCCUACCACAGCGUGUUUUGGAACAACACAAACUGACCAAAGAGCAGUGGGAGGAGCGGAUACAGAACUGGCACGAAGAGCACAGAGGGAUGCUGAGGGAGGAUUCGAUGAUGGAGUACCUGAAGAUUGCUCAAGAUCUAGAAAUGUAUGGUGUCAACUAUUUUGAAAUCAAGAAUAAGAAAGGCACUGAAUUGUGGCUGGGCGUUGAUGCUUUGGGUCUGAAUAUUUAUGAACAUGAUGACAAGUUAACACCUAAAAUUGGUUUUCCCUGGAGUGAAAUCCGAAAUAUUUCAUUUAAUGACAAAAAAUUUGUUAUAAAGCCAAUUGACAAAAAGGCACCUGAUUUUGUUUUCUAUGCUCCUCGUCUGAGAAUCAAUAAGCGGAUUUUGGCCUUAUGUAUGGGAAACCAUGAACUCUACAUGAGGAGGAGAAAGCCUGAUACUAUUGAAGUACAACAGAUGAAGGCUCAGGCCCGGGAGGAAAAGCACCAGAAGCAGUUGGAAAGGGCACAAUUAGAGAAUGAAAAGAAGAAAAGAGAAAUAGCAGAAAAAGAAAAGGAAAGAAUAGAGCGUGAGAAGGAAGAGCUAAUGGAGCGUCUAAGGCAAAUUGAAGAGCAGACAAUGAAAGCCCAAAAAGAACUAGAAGAACAGACUCGGAAAGCUCUGGAACUGGAGCAGGAGCGCCAACGAGCAAAAGAGGAGGCAGAGCGGCUAGAUAAGGAGCGACGGGCUGCGGAGGAGGCCAAGUCCGCCAUAGCCAAGCAAGCUGCUGACCAGAUGAAGAACCAGGAGCAGCUGGCAGCAGAACUUGCCGAAUUCACUGCCAAGAUUGCACUUUUAGAGGAAGCCAAGAAGAAAAAGGAAGAGGAAGCUACUGAGUGGCAACACAAAGCUUUUGCAGCUCAGGAAGACUUGGAAAAGACCAAAGAAGAGUUAAAAACGGUGAUGUCUGCGCCUCCUCCCCCUCCCCCUCCCCCAGUCGUUCCUCCCACAGAAAACGAGCAUGACGAGCAUGAUGAGAACAGUGCCGAGGCCAGUGCAGAGUUGUCCAGCGAGGGGGUGAUGAACCACCGGAGCGAGGAGGAGCGGGUGACGGAGACCCAGAAAAACGAACGUGUGAAGAAGCAGCUCCAGGCAUUAAGUUCAGAGUUAGCCCAAGCCAGAGAUGAAACCAAGAAAACACAGAAUGAUGUUCUUCAUGCUGAGAAUGUCAAAGCAGGCCGUGAUAAGUACAAGACUCUCCGACAGAUUCGACAAGGCAAUACAAAGCAGCGCAUCGAUGAGUUUGAAGCAAUGUGAGAGCUGUUCUUGUGAUACAUGUCCUUCAUAAGCUGAACCACCACCAGAGAAAUCAGGCCUUUGCAGAUGCGAUGGAAUGCAUCCCACCUUGCCAAAGCACUCAUACCAGUUGACUGUGCUCACUAGCAGGAUUCUGAGGGGCGCUCUUCAGCAUUAAGGCAGUGUGCUGUCAUGUUUGGUCAUUUUUCUUUUGGCCAGGGAAUGGAUAAUGCUAUUCUGUCACCUCUUUGUACAUGUUUCAUUUUUUUGUUUCUGUUUCAUUUUUUUUUUCAGUUGAAUAUUGACACUAAUGACAUUGUCUGAUAAAUGUGUAUGUGUGCUUUGAGCACUGUGUACAUGUUAGGAUAAUAGUGGACAUUUCAAUGCAUGUUUAGUUAAUGAACUCAUUUUUAUUUGCCCUUUCCAUGUUUGGCCUACAUACAUUUCCAUGUUCACACUCAUGUUUUUUCAGUAUGGCCUUCUCAUGCCCUGUCAUGGCAGAGCCAUGAUUCUGAUGUCAUACAGAUCACUUACUGGAGGUAUUUAAAAUGAGGUGUUGGAGUAACCAGACCCAGGUAGAUGAGACAGCGGCCCUUGUGUAGAAGACUGUAUCACGAGGCGAUGAGAACGUUGAACAGCACGGUAUGCAGAGGUGGUUAAUUAUUGUAGAAAUCCCUUCAUCACGUUAUUGGGCGUUGGCUUUCCAUUUACUCAAGUACAGUUGUCAUGCCUGCUCGAGUGAUUGGUGGAUCAUGUCCUGUAAUCCUUGGGUGGCUUUACUUGCCUGCCACCUCAGAGAUGGACCCAGCAGGCAGCACUCCUAGGAGAAUUAUUGAUGAAACACUGUCUGCGAGUAAGUGGUCUCUGAAAAAAAUUCAAGGUUUGUUCUUAGGGUGAUUUAGAAACACAUGUCUAAUAGAAGAUACUGUUGAUGAUAACUGAUUUUAAUUGUUAAAAAACAAACAAACCUGGGCCUUUCUGCAAGGGCAGCAGAUGAUAGCAUCAGUUCCAAGAAAGUAAUGCUACCUCACUCUAUACCUGUGGUGACUGUUCACACACAGUGUGUGUGUACGCUGCGUGUCUGUCAUCUGUAGACAGUCUCAAUCAUGUCCUUCAUUGAAUAUACUUUGAAAUUCCAGUGCUAAUGUUUUAACUGCCUUUUUGUUGACUCGUGGGGCUCUGAUGUGUGUUCAGAUUGUAUGCUCUCACUGGUAUGCUGUUUCCUGAGGGGUGGUCUGUGUCUGAGGAAGUGGAGUGGCCCUUUAUGAGAAAGACCUCGCCUUUGCAGCAUGGGAAGGAUUCUCAUCCUUUAUUUUUGGUGGGAUAGGUACAUCAUUUUAGUGUAUUUGGUUUCUAAAUCACUGCUUAUUUUAUUUGCAGUCUCUAAAAACAAAUCUAUUUCAAUUAUGUCUUAUUGAAGUCUUUCCAGCUAGAAAGAUGCUCUUAUAUUCUUAGAUCAUGAAGCACCUGAGUUUGAAGAUACAGAAAGCCUUGUUUUCUCUGUGUGGUUCAGCUACGUUCCAUUUGGUAUUAUGCACUCAAACUUACAUUUAUCUAUUACAAUUGCCAUUUUAUUAAGCAGUUUUCAUGCACAGUAGAUUCAACUUGUGUCUGAUUUUGCUGACUUUAAAAGGAAUAAUUUGGGCAGAUAUUAUGAAAAGGAAAGGCCUUGCUUAAUAUAUUUUUUGGACUCUGUAGGACAAAAGACAACUGGUUAACCUUGAAGUGCCUGUUGUACAGUGGUUGUGCACAUGCUCAACAUCAUUUUUGAGGGAAUGUCCCUGCUUUCCAUACAUGAGAGGGAGAGGUGGUAGGUCUUACUGCUCUACUUUGAAACGUGAGCAUUCACUUUCCCAAAGCGCUAGAGCAAUAGUCCUUAUUGCUGGAAGAAUUGACUGCCUAUGGAUUUUCCCCUAUCUGCAUUGUGUACGUUAUCAUUGCUACACCAGUUGUUACAGUGUUGAGAGGCUACCAGUUAUAUUUGCUGUUAAUAGUCUAUUUGUAGAUUAGUAUUAAAAUGGGUUUAAUCCAUUUUUAAAGCUGUAUGGAUUUUUCUAAAGGAACAGCCAUUUGCAAUAUGGGUUUUCAUAGAGAUUAAACCAAUUAUAACGUUUAUCAUUAGCAGUUGAGAGCACAUGUUCAUAUAGCAAUGUAAAAACACACUAAUGAGUAUUUGGUAAUUUCCCAUUAGCAUAAUUUCAUGUUGUACAAGUAAAUUACAAUUACAUCUCUAAUUUUGGAUAAUAUUCAUUGGUUAACAAUAAAGUGACAAAAGCUCA